AUGGACAGCAUUAAGCUCUGGUUGAAAGUGCUUAUCAUGGACUAUGUCUUGUCCAUGUGCUUGGAUUUAAAAUGUAACUGGAAGACACAGUAUGAACAUAGGGGGAUAUGUUGUGAUUCCUGCCCCAAAGCAAACUCUAAAACCAACACCAGAUGCUCCUGCAGUGAUAAACCUCUGUGCAUCAAUUCUGAUUGUUCAGAUUGUGCCUUGAGACCAAAGUGCAAACGAGGAGAAAGGCUCAAGAGAGCGGGUAACUUUAAGUUUACUUAUACAUGUACACCAUGCCCUAACAUGACAUACAAUGAUGAAGAAGACAGCACAUGUAAGCCCAUAACAGACUGCAGUAAAGUCGGUUUGCUGGUUCUCUCAGCUGGAAACAGGACGCACAACACGCGAUGUGGUUGUCAUGAUUCAAAUCAGCUGACUUCUAGCAUCAUGAUAGCAGGGUUAGUCAUUUGUAGUUUGAUCUGUGUGGCACUAAUUAUUAACCUCUGCUUUCAAAAGACCACAGAAAGAAGAGUAAAGAAAAUGUUUGACUUCUUUAUGUUUUUUUUGCCAGAAUGUCAUCCACCCAUACAUUCACUGGUGCUGCAAUCUGAGGAAUGUGGCUAUAAGCUGUCUAAAGAAGAAAAGGGGGAGAUGUGUAACCUAAAUGGUUUUCAUGACAUCAGUUCAGAAGAGUCUACUGAAGAGAAGUCACUGGAAAUUUGCGUGUGA